UUCUACCCAAAAUGCAACAGCGUUUGCUUAGCAGCAGGCGGGGAAUAGGAAAAUUUGCACCAUGCGCGCAUACGUCCUUCGAUAUUGGUCACUUUUCGAUGUUUAAACGGAAUACACUUGGCUCAGACAUACAGCGAAAAACAACUUACUGCAGUGGCGUUGUUUGAGAGUCAUGUUGUGUGGAAAAAAAUAUAUUUUAAAGUUAAAGUAGUUCUGCUCUGGCCCACACGCGGGCAUUUCUGCGAAGCUAACUGCCGCGAUGCUGUGUUGCUCGUCGCCGCUCUGCUAAUGUGGCUAAAGCACAUCAAUUUGGACUUGAAGGUGUUUAAUGAUUAAACUACAAUGUCUGGAUUUAACUUCGGGACGGGAACACUCGGUUCCACCAACGCUGGAGGAGGGUUUGCAUUUGGAGCAGCAACCAGUGCGCCUGCGGCCAGUACUGGUGGCUUCUCGUUUGGUAAUGCAUUGGGUGCUGCCGCUGCCACCCCUGCCACGACCGCCAGCACCACCCCAUCCCUCGGUCUAGGAGGAAGUCUCUUUGGUCAGAAAGCUCCUGGGGGGUUUUCAUUCAACACGCCUGCUGCAGGGGCCCCAGCUUCGACAACGGCCGCAAGUGGCUUCAGCCUAGCCUUCAACAAACCCACUGGCUCAGCUGCGCCGUUCUCCCUCACUGCUGCUACCACCAGCUCCGCGUCUGCCCCCACUGGGGCAGGUUUAACAUUCGGCUCUGUCCUGACGUCGACGGCGCCACAGCAGCCCGCGGCGACAGGCUUCGCACUCGGCCUCGGCAGCACCACAACCACGGCAGCUGUCGCAACGGUUCCAUCGCUGGGCGGGGGUCUUUUUUCCAGUACGGUGGCUACAGGUUUGGGUCAGUCCACUCUUGGUGGAGGAGGGGGGUUAACAUUAAGUUCUUUGUUAAGCACUUCAACAGCAGCGACGGCAGCCCCGGCUCCCAGUAUUGGCUUGGGUGGGGUUGACUUUAGUGCCUCCUCUGAGAAAAAGAGUGACACCUCAUCUGGAGCCAACGCCCAGGACAGUAAAGCCUUAAAGGAUGAGAACCUGCCUCCAGUCAUUUGCCAAGACGUCGAGAAUUUCCAAAAGUUUGUCAAAGAGCAGAAACAGGUUCAGGAGGACAUCAGCCGAAUGACGUCAAAGGCAAUCUCCAAAGUCCAGGAUGACAUUAAGACCCUCAAGCAGCUUCUCUCUGUCAAUGCGAGUGGCCUGCAGCGUCAAGCUCUGGCCAUUGACAAGCUCAAACUGGAGACUGCACAGGAGCUGAAAAAUGCCGACAUAGCACUGCGUACGCAAAAGACGCCCCCUGGACUUCAGCAUGAAAACACUGCACCUUCGGAUUAUUUCCGCUGCCUGGUAGAGCAGUUUGAGGUGCAACUUCAGCAGUACCGACAGCAGAUCGAAGAGCUGGAGAACCACCUGACCACACAGAGCAGUGGCUCUCACAUCACCCCUCAGGACCUGACCCUGGCCAUGCAGAAGUUGUACCUGACGUUUGUCGCCCAGGCUGCGCAGCUCCAAUCUGUCCAUGAGAACGUAAAGAUCUUGAAGCACCAGUACCUCUCCUACCGCCGAGCCUUUUUGGAGGACUCGACCGACGUCUUUGAGUCCAAGCGGGCGUCGAACAGGAAGUGGCAGAGCACGCCGCGCGUCACCACGGGUCCGGCCCCAUUCUCGAGCGUGCCAAAUGCUGCAGCGGUGGCCAUGGCGGCCACACUGACCCAGCAACAGCAGCCAACUACAGGGAACCAGCCACCCUUGGGAGGAGGGUUCGGCAACCCCUUUGCCACAGCAGUGGGCACUAGUAUGGGCUCGACCACUUUGGGAGGUUUUGGUGCAGGGCCAGGAUUUGGUGGGGUGGGGACUGGGGGUUCUUCUUUUGCCUUCGCCGCCACCACUAAGCCCACAGGAGGCAGUCUGAGUGCAGGUUUUGGUGGGACCAACACCUCAGGCUUUAACUUCAGCAACCCUGGUAUCAACCCCUCGGCCGGACUGACCUUUGGCGUGUCCAACGCGCCUGCUGCCGGCUUCGGCACCGGGGCGCCUCUGCUGCAGCUCAAAAAGCCACCCGCCGGCAAUAAACGGGGCAAAAGAUAGAAGCAAAGCAAGACCCACGGAAGCUUGUGAUUGAGCAGUUGUCAACUUUGGACUUUGUAGCUUUUUUCUUUUUUAUGCCCGAUUUCCCAAGCUGUGUUUUAGCACUGGAAAUUGGCCUAGAAGAAUCCCGAGCCAUUAUUGUCCACCAAAAUGGAAUGGAAGGAGGCCUUCCAUUCCAUUUAUAUUUUAACUUUGAUGUUUUGUCUGAUAGAAUCACUCAUACAAGGACAAUAAUAAUGACACAAUUUUUAUUAUAAAGCCCCAUUCAUGAUCUUGGACCAAAUCCAUUCUAGGCAUUUAAUGAAAUGUUAAACAGGAAUUACCACAUUGCUUUUGGGAAGAUCACUUUGGCAUUCUGAGUUUGGCUAAUUUUCAUCAAGCUCAGCUAAUGUUGGCCAAAGUUCCAUCCAGAGAGUUGAAUUAGGUUUAAGAGAAAGAGUCCAGCGAGACAUACUUUUAUUUUUGUAACAGUAGGUAAGAUAAAAAGUGAAAAGCAUCCUGAUAGUCACUCAAUCUUGAUAACGUUUUUUUUUCGCUUAAGUAUUUGUAAUUUCAAUGAACGAGACUUGCUAUGUAUUUCAAGAUAAUUAAAAUCUUAAGACAUGCGCUGUGCAGAGUUCUCAUGCAAAACCUUUGUCCUAUGACUGCUAAUGUGCAUGUGUACAGUUGAAAAUUAUUUUCUGUUCAAGUUUUUUCCUUCUUUUUUUUUGUCGCUGUCCAAGUCCAUUGUUACUGGUUGUUGUAGUUCUAUUUUCAAAUGACUGUAUGACUAUUUUCAAGAACUUAUUUCAUAAUAAAAAAAAUAAUUCUGAA